GAUCUGGAUUGUGCAGCAGUGGGAGAGCGAGGGGAGGGGAAAAGUUGGACGAGCUUUGCCCGAACUUUUGUCUUCUUUCCUUUCUCCGCGGAAGAAGCCUCGAGAAAACAAAAACGACGGGACAGAAGACACAGCGGAUUACAUUUUAACAACAACCCCCUCCGCCCCCUCGACCCCCUCCCUUUUGGAUACGCACACGCGUUUAUUGUCCGGAUUAAUGUGGUCGCACAUUUGUGGAUUUAUCACUUGUUGAAGCUUUCGGUGGAGUGAAACCAUGUGGCUUCUCUGGUCCUGUCUGACUCUGUUGGCGAUCAGCUUUGGCUCAUGCGACAUGCUGACAUCUGAGCAAGAGGAUCAAUGCCCAUUCUUGCAAGUGGACGAAUGGAAGUUUCCUCAGACGGACCGGCACAAUAUCACAGGUUUUAACCUGGUGAGGCGAUUCUCCCUGCUCAAGAGCAAAGAUGUCAAAAAGAUCCGCAACCCACGAGGACCGCUCAUCCUCCGCCUGGGCAAAACUGCACUCCUGCGCCCCACUGAUGAGGUGUUUCCUCACGGCCUUCCUGAGGAGUUCACCCUCAGCUUCACUCUGGUGUUAAAGAAGGCUGCUCUGAGAGACACCAUCUACCUCUUCCAGAUAUCUGAUCAGCAGGGAUACCCCCAGCUCUCCGUAGACUUCAAUGGCCUCGAUGGAAGCCUGUCCGUUCGCGCCAGGGGCGUAGAGCCCGCAGAUGACCUGGUGAGCUGCAUUUUCACCGGGGAGGGGGUGGAGGCCCUGAUGGACUUGCGCUGGCACAAGGUGGCCCUCAGCGUGCAACGCGAAGCCGCCUCCCUCCAUGUUGAUUGCAACUCCCUUGAGACCAAACCGCUGGAGGCCCAUGGAGUUUUGCCCACUGACGGACACACGUUGCUGGGCAUCCGGGCUUCGGAUGCUGGACCUGCGCAGAUGGACGUUCAGCAGGUGAUGCUGUAUUGUGACCCCUCCCUCGCCAUUCAGGAAGCUUGCUGUGAGAUACCUGGAGCACGGUGUCCACCGGACGCUUCUAAGAGCCGGCGUGCUGCAGAGAACGACCUGUCGGAGAACACGUUUAACCAGGAGAUUUUUGCCUCAAAGGAUCUGGAAGAUAAAGUUAUUGCUGGCUUUAAAGGGGAAAAAGGCGAAAGGGGUGAUAGCUGUUCUGGCUCCCAUUCAGCUCCAUGCUCAGAGGGACCCAAGGGCCAGAAGGGAGAGAGAGGCGAGCUGGCACUGCCUGCCAACUGGGGCGAAGCGGCAGGGUACAAGGGAGAAAGGGGUUACAAGGGAGAGAUCGGUGCACAGGGUCUUACCGGCGCUCCAGGGAAGGCUGGACGAGGCGGGUCCAUUUGUGUGGUCGGCCCCAAGGGACAGAAGGGUACCCCAGGUUUGGUGGGUCCUGAGGGAUUGGCCGGGGAGCCAGGGAAGCCCGGAUUUCCAGGCCCACAGGGAGUUGGAAAGCCAGGCCCACCAGGCCCUCCUGGUGAUUCGGCUGAUGCAAAGGGAGACAAGGGAGAUACCGGACCUCAGGGAGAAGAUGGAUUCCCAGGAGAUCCAGGACCAAGAGGAACAACGGGGUUUAAAGGAGAAAAGGGCGACGCAUGCGAAGUGUGCCCCGUGCUGCCUGCAGACAUGGGUAACACAGUGGCUCUGCAAGGAAAGCAAGGCCCUAGGGGAGAGCCUGGAUUACCAGGGAUAGGAGAGAGAGGACUGCCUGGUUCUCUGGGUGCAGAUGGCCAGGCAGGACAGAAGGGCGAACCAGGAUCAGGUGGCUUCAAAGGAGAAAAGGGAGAUCCGUGUUCUGUGUGCCCAACUCUUGGAGAGUUGCCCCGGAACCUCGUCCCCGGUGUCGGGGCCCAGACCCUCCAGCAGAAGGGAGAGAAGGGAGCGCCCGGCAUUGGACAAAGAGGAGAGCAAGGAGAGCCAGGAAACGUAGGAUCACCUGGCUUUGGAGGAGAAAAGGGUAGCGCAGGCAGCAAAGGAGCUGACGGUAAGCCGGGAAAGCCUGGACCGAGGGGACCCAGCGGCAAAGAUGGGCAGAGAGGCUCACAGGGGGAGCAAGGGCUGCCCGGUUUUGGUCUUCCUGGCCUUAAGGGGGAGGCGGGGGAGUGUGGUCGAUGUCAGCCGGCCGAGGUUGGUAGCGGACCAGCCGGCAUAAAAAUGCUUGAUGGAUUAAGAGGCAAGCCGGGCGAACGAGGCCUUCAAGGUCCACCCGGACCAACAGGACUCGGAGCUGAUGGUAAACAGGGUCCACCAGGUCUUGCUGGUGCAAAAGGAGAAAAGGGUGAAGAAGGAGAUCAAGGAGAUAAAGGACUCAACGGAGCUCCCGGAGCCCCAGGACUGCCUGGAGAAUCUGGUCGGGAUGGACUAAUGGGCUUGAAAGGAGCAAAGGGCGACGCUUGUACCAGCUGUCCUUCUACGGGCACUGCAGUGGGUGAUGGUAUCGCUGUGCAGGGCCCCGCAGGAGAGAGAGGAGACCCUGGUCCCCCAGGGGAAGGGAAGCCUGGCAGAAAUGGAAAACCAGGCUUACCAGGUGUGCAGGGGCCUUCUGGUCCCAAAGGAAGAAAGGGAGAGGUUGGAGUUGCAGGAGUUGGCCUUCCAGGACCACAAGGUGAAGAGGGACCAAGAGGGCUCUCAGGACUUGUAGGACCUCCUGGAACCAGUGGAUCGAGUGGACCUGUUGGCCCUGAAGGGGAAAAGGGCUCCAAAGGAGAAGCUGGUCCUCCAGGACCACGUGGGCCUGAGGGCACUGGAAUAGCAGGCCCACCGGGUAGAGAUGCAACCCCCGGGCCGAAUGGAUUGCCAGGGGCUGAUGGCAGACCUGGACUUGAUGGAGCUCAGGGGGACAAGGGUGAACCCGGAGAGUGCAACUGCAUGAUACCUGUACACACAGGUGUAGGCGGACCUGGAGCUCCAGGAACUCCAAUAAACUCAUGGCAGCCCGGCCCUCAGGGCCCACCAGGACCUCCUGGCCCUCCUGGCUUACCUGGGUUUCAAGGUGUUACAGGAAAUGAAGGACCACAGGGUAUCCCUGGAAACGACGGGAUACAGGGGAAACCGGGUUUGCCUGGAUACAUAAAGCACAUUGACCCACACCAGCUGCCUCAAGACUCUGCUGGAGGAGAUGAAGAUGAGGGCUCUCAAGGGUCUCCAGGUGUGCCAGGCACAGCUGGUGCCAAGGGGGAAAAAGGAGACCAGGGCAAGCCUGGUGUAACCCCCUUAGACAGCUGUGACAAGUGUUUGGAGAGACUGCAGAAAGAGCAGGCGACACAACCAGCGUACGACCGACCGGGAAUGCCCGGAGUUCCAGGAACGCCUGGAUCACCAGGAAUAAGAGGAGAGCCAGGUGUAGUGGGAGAAAGAGGAAAAGCUGGAGCACCAGGAAUCAUGGGACCUCCCGGUUUCCAAGGUCCUCAGGGCUCAUCUGGUUCACCUGGUCAGAACGGUGAGGGAGGGUCACCUGGCCCCCCAGGAAUUAAGGGUGAGCAUGGCCCUCCGGGAACAUCCGGCUAUCCAGGAUCCAUGGGACCACCUGGACUUCCUGGACUGAAGGGCGAACGUGGGAGCCCAGGCAGCAGUGGUCAGAAAGGGGAAUCGGGUGCUCCUGGUAACCCCGGAUACCAAGGAGUGACUGGCUCCCCGGGCAUUAAAGGAGACACUGGACCAGCUGGACCUGCUGGUGCCAAAGCGGAUCAGGGUUUCCAAGGACAACCAGGUUUCCCAGGACCACCAGGUGCACCAGGUAUUGCUGGUAAAAGUGGAAGGGAAGGGCUCUCUGGGAUCAAAGGUGAAAAAGGCAAUGAUGGUGGUCAAGGAUCUCAGGGACCAACUGGGCCCUCAGGCUCACCAGGCUCCUCUGGGAUGAUGGGCCCCCCUGGCAUUGAGGGAUUGGAUGGAAAAGAUGGGAAACCAGGGCUGCGGGGAGAGGCAGGCCCUCCAGGCCCAGCAGGACCUCGAGGAAUCCCAGGAUUCAAAGGGAAAACUGGCCACAUUGGCUUCCCUGGACAGAAGGGUGAAGCUGGACCUUCAGGGCCACCUGGACCACCAGGCAGGGUGGGACACGAGGGUGAUCCCGGUACCCCAGGAGCUCCGGGGCGACCUGGAUCCUCCGGCCAUAUUGGUUCGACAGGUCCAGCUGGACCACCAGGACCCGCUGGUCCCUCAGGAGUGGGUAUACAAGGAGACAAGGGCCAAGCUGGUGAGAGGGGUCUACCAGGAAUGGGAGGAGUCCCAGGACCACCCGGGCACCCUGGCUCCAUGGGAGAACCAGGCAACGAUGGUGAAGCUGGUAAAGAUGGAGUGGCUGGCGUACCAGGGGACAACGGGCAGUCGGGUCAAAAGGGUGAACCAGGGGCAGCCGGUCAGAAGGGUGCUGCAGGUGAAAGAGGUAGACCAGGGCCCCCCGGUGGUGGAGGUUACCACUCCAAGGACGCACAGCCCAUGAUUGGCCAAGUCGGACCCCGAGGAGAGAGAGGAGGUCCAGGUCUCGAAGGUUCUCCGGGGAGCCCUGGACCUGCAGGGUCACCAGGAAAUGACGCGGUUGUAAAUUAUGACGAAAUCAAGAACUUCAUCCGCCAGCAGGUCGUCAAGAUCUUUGAUGAGAGAAUGGCCUACUACAUGUCGCGCAUGCAGAUGCCAGUAGAGAUGGUGGCAUCCCCAGGUCGGCCCGGGUCCCCAGGGAAAGACGGAUCUGCAGGUAAUCCUGGGAACCCAGGUGCACCUGGACUCCCGGGACAGAUUGGCAGACAAGGACGGCCAGGAGGCCAAGGACCCUCUGGACCACAUGGACCACGUGGAGAAAAGGGAGAUAAGGGUGUUGGAGAUAUGGGAGAUGUAGGACCUCCAGGAGCACCAGGUGUCCCAGGCCCCCAAGGCUAUGGUAAGAUGGGACCUCCGGGUCCUGUUGGCCAGCAGGGUGUUCCUGGGAUCUCAGGCUCUCCUGGGCAGCCUGGUUCAAAGGGACAUGAUGGCCGGUGCAAUCCGGGAGACUGUAUGAGCCAUCAAGUAGAGUACAGCCCCAAGGGCCCACCUAUCAAGGGCCCCUGGUAGAGGGCUAGAGGUGAUCGAGUAGAGGGACUGAAGCAAGGAGACUUCGGAGAAGACAGGAGGCCAAAGACCGUGAACCAAAGUUAUUAAAUCUGACCACCAGAUGAAAUCCAGGAUUAACUUUGUUGUUGAAUUGUACAGAUUUACCCACACAGAUUUUGACUGAAGUCUUAAGCAAAAAAAGCCCCGCUUGAAUGAGGCCUGCAAAGACACAAAAGCAGCACAUUUUGAUCAUUCUUGUUUGCCAUAUUGCCAAUUCAUUGCAAUAUCAAUGUCUCUUAUCUUGGUCUUGCUUCUUUAUUCUCACUGUUUCACUCCUUUUGUACAUUUUCAAACAACCAAAGGGAGGUGACAAGAAUCAGUUUGUAUUUUAUGUAUUUCAUUUUCUUUGUCUCGAUUUGUAGAAUUUCAGUUAUUGUAGCACUUUGCUUGCACCUCUUAUAUCUUUGGUCCCUUCUCACAGAAACACGUAAUGUCUUAGUCCUUGUGGUUUGGAAAAGAUUAUCCCAAUUAUUUCAGUUCUGUACAAACAGAUGUCAAAAAAACUCAUGUCCAUGCUCUUUUUUAAGAAUUGACUGUUUUGUAUAUAUUUAUAUUUAUAUAUUGUGGCUUUUUCUACUUUUUUUAACAGAUUUCAUACAAAACAUAGGCAUGGCUAGCCACCUAUUUUUUAUGGUUAUUAAGCAACAAAAAAGCCAAAGGGAUAUUUAGUGUCUUAAGUCUGUACGCUUUUACAAUCAAAUAAUUCAGUUAAAGACAUAAUUAUUUAUAAAAGAACUGUUUUUUUUUCUAAUUGUGUUGCUAAAGUUAAUUUUGUGCCAUUUUAUCUUCAGUAUUUUUGCCAUACAGCCACUUAAAGCGUCUCAUUAUGUUUUCCAAAGUAGAUGUAAUAGCCAUUUAUCUGCUUCAACGGGAACGCAAUUAAAAAGAUAUGAGCAAUAAUUGAGCCCAUUAAACACAGGUACUGUAAUGCAACACGCAAGGAUGAAGAACAUAUUCUAAAAAGCAUCACGUUACUGUAUUACUUGGUUUUCUUUUAAUUUCUUACUUUUGUUAUAUGUGAAAGUCUUUGGAGUUUAAAAUCACAACCAUCCCAAUCACAUUAAAUCAGACUUUUGUUCCUCACAAACUAACCCAUGGGAAAUGUUAAAGUUAAACCUGAAUGACAUUACUUUUGAAAGAAGCUAUAUCACGUUAUCAUUGUCAACCUUCGCUGUAUCAAACACUAUUGAAAUACUGUUGUUCAUCCAUGGAUUAUGAGACAAUCGGGUCCUGAGCAUAGACGGGGGCCUCAAGUAAAGUUGAAGUUGCAAUU